AAUACAAUAUUAUAUAAUUGACGACACAAAUUAUAAUUGUCGAAUUUUCAGCAAAUUCAAUAUAUUAUGAUUUUUUGCUCAUCGUUUCGAUUUCGCUUUAAAAAACUUACAGCAAGAAUGGUCUUUGUGACAUUUUUAACUAAACUUUUUUGUAUACAUGUUCAAUUUCUUUAGAAUUUUAUUUAAAAAAUGAGUAUUGUUGAUAAUCAGCGGCCACUUAAUUUUGAUAAAUCUCCCGAAAGUGAUGGUGAAAUCAGAAAACGACGGGAGAUAGAAGAAUUCAUUAAAGAAUACACCGAACAAAAUCUUCCUUUGGAUGUGCUUGUAAAGUUAUCACUGACGCCUUACGGAUUGGUCAACGACCAUUUGCGCAAAAUUUUAUGGCCCCAGCUGGCAGGUGUCGACGUGAACGAUUUAGAACAAGCUCCAUCUCUCGAAGAGUUGCAAUACCACCCUGAAUAUAAUCAGGUAGUAUUAGAUGUAAAUCGCUCUUUAAAGAGAUUUCCACCUGGUAUUCCGUACGAACAACGCAUUGCACUGCAAGACCAACUUACUGUUCUUAUUUUACGGGUGAUCCAAAAGUAUCCUAAUUUGCGAUAUUAUCAAGGCUAUCACGAUGUGGCAGUCACAUUUCUAUUGGUAGUUGGUGAACAAAUCGCUUAUGCUAUAAUGGAGCAGCUCUCGACUACGCAUUUUUCGGAAUGUAUGCAAGAGACAAUGGAGGCCACCCAGAGAAGGCUUAUGUUUAUUUGGCCUGUCAUAAAGUUUGAAAAUCCAGAACUUUAUAAGUUUUUACAAAACUCUUCGGUAGGGACUUUGUUCGCGUUGCCAUGGUAUUUGACAUGGUUUGGACAUAGUUUAAAUUCCUACAAAGCUGUAGUCCGUUUAUAUGACUAUUUUUUAGCAUCACCCAUUUAUACACCCAUAUUUGUAACAGCUGCGAUUCUACUGUAUCGAUCAAAUGAAAUACUGAAGGAGGACUGUGAUAUGGCAUCAGUGCAUUGUCUUUUAUCAACGCUACCAGAAGAUUUACCAUUUGAAGAGCUUUUGAAAACUUCUAGCAAGCUGUUUCAAAAGUAUAGCUUAACAGAAAUUGAAAAAGAUGUUGAAGAUCUAAUUUUUCAAGAGAAAAAACAGCGUCAAGCCGAGGAAAAAAUGAUCAUGAAAAGACGGAGGAAUAAUUCUAGGCCAGCCACAGCAAAUCGACUCCAUAGCAUAAGUCAAUGGCUUCCAAAUAUAUUUACUUCAAAGUCGGUGAUAUUAACUACUGCGGUUUCUAUUGUAGUAGGUGUAUGUGCAUAUUAUUACAAAAAUCAGUAUUUGGCGGCAGGCAUAAGCUGAGUAUUAGCUGGUUUUCUUCAUUUAAAUAUGUUUUAUAUAUCGCAAUUUAAACCAAUUCACACAAAAUGUAGUUUUAUGUUAGAGGUUCGGUUUUAGUAAUAUACAAUUUUAAUAAUAAUUCUAAAUGUUAAUAAAAAAUUUAA